AUGCUUCUCUCGACUCUCUUUUUCGCCGCCCUCGCGCAGGCUAUGCCCCAAGGCUUUGGCGGCCAGGGCUUCACUAUGUUGCGUUUCGGCUGCGCUCAGAAUGUCAUCGAUCGGAUCGAUCCCCUCGUAAACCCUGGCCAAGCUCCUUCACCACAUAUGCAUCAGGUGGUUGGAGGAAACGCGUUCAACAUCACAAUGCAAUCAACCGAUAUCUCCAAGCUUGCAACUUGCACUACAUGCGGGUACUCUGAGGAUCUUUCCAACUACUGGACCGCGAACGUGUACUUCAAGGCACGUAACGGAACCUAUAAGCGUGUCCCUCAAAUUCCCAACAGGGAUCUCUUCAAUGACAAGUACACUGGCAAGACCACUGGAGGCUUCGUUGUUUACUACGUCUCCGGUGGCAAAGGCCAAGUCACAGCCUUCAAGCCCGGCUUCCGUAUGCUCGUGGGUGAUGCCACCAACCGCAAAUCCAAGAAUUUGAAGUCUCAGACUUGCUUUCGCUGCUACAACGCGCCUAACUUUGGUGGCGACAAUGCUGCACCUUGCCAGGAUGCUAAGCUCGACACCGAAGGCUUCCCUACGACACCUUGCCCAGGUGGCAUACGCAGCAACAUUCUCUACCCAACAUGCUGGGACGGAAAGAAUCUCGACUCGCCAGAUCACAAGUCUCAUGUUGCAUACCCCAGCAAUGGCCCGGCUCUCUUCUCUGGUACUGGUACUGGUGGCGCAUGCCCCUCAACACACCCCGUGAAAAUCCCACAGGUCAUGCUUGAGAUCGUCUGGGACACUAGCAAGUUCAACAACAAAGCUGAGUGGCCUGCCGAUGGCUCGCAGCCUUUCGUCCUUUCUACUGGAGACAACACCGGAUAUGGACAACAUGGAGACUACGUCUUCGGCUGGAAGGACGACUCGCUUCAGAAGGCUAUGGAUGACGCUAAGGGCUGCAUGGGUGCCAACUGCGGUAGUUUGAAGACACAGCAGCCUGCUGAUGGCAACAAAUGUGUUGUACCCAACCGUGUGCAUGAGGAACAUGACGGCUGGCUGACUGCUCUUCCGGGUAUGGAGGAUAUGCCGAUGAUCUAG